CGGCCUGCUCCGAGCCCAGGUGGUGCUUGGAGCGGCCUCCACUCACGUCUCUCGCAGCGGCGUUAGCGGCUGGGAGGAUGCUGGGCUGGGAUCGUCUCACCUUCGUCUUUCUGAGCGUGGCCGUCACCUGCGCUGUGGCGCAGCACGCGCCGCCGUGGACAGAAGACUGCAGAAAAUCAACCUAUCCUCCUUCUGGACCGACCUACAGGGGUCCAGUUCCAUGGUACACCAUAAAUCUCGAUCUACCACCAUAUAAAAGAUGGCAUGAACUGAUGGUUGACAAAGCACCAGCGCUAAAAGUUAUAGUGAAUUCUUUGAAGAACGUAGUAAAUGCAUUUGUGCCAAGUGGAAAAAUUAUGCAGAUAGUGGAUCAAAAGUUGCCUGGUCUGCUUGGCAACUUUCCUGGCCCUUACGAGGAGGAAAUGAAGGGAAUUGCAGCUGUUACUAACAUACCUUUAGGAGAGAUUAUUUCAUUCAAUAUUUUCUACGAAUUUUUUACCAUUUGUACGUCAAUAAUAGCAGAAGACAAAGAAGGUCAUCUACUACAUGGGCGAAACAUGGAUUUUGGAAUAUUUCUUGGGUGGAAUGCUAAUAAUAAUACCUGGGUCGUAACUGAGGAACUGAAACCUUUAACAGUGAACUUGGACUUCCAAAGAAACAAUCAAACUGUCUUUAAGGCGUCAAGCUUUGCUGGCUAUGUGGGCAUGUUAACAGGAUUCAAACCAGGACUGUUUAGUCUCACGCUGAAUGAACGGUUCAGUACAAAUGGCGGUUAUAUAGGUGUCCUAGAAUGGAUUUUGGGAAAGAAAGAUGCCAAGUGGACAGGGUUUAUCCUUAGAUCAGUUCUGGAAAAUAGUACAAGUUAUGAAGAAGCCAAGAAUAUAUUGACAAAAACCAAGAUCCUGGCCCCAGCAUACUUUAUCCUUGGAGGCAACAAGUCUGGGGAGGGUUGUGUGAUUACACGAGACAGAACACGGUCUUUGGAUAUAUACGAACUUGACCCCAAGCAGGGUAGAUGGUAUGUGUUACAAACAAAUUAUGACCGUUGGAAAAAUCCCUUCUUCCUUGAUGAUCGCAGAACACCUGCAAAGAUGUGUCUAAACCGGACAACCCAAGAGAAUAUCUCGUUUGCAACUAUGUAUGAUGUCCUGUCAACAAAACCUGUCCUCAACAAGAAUCUCUGGGGCAUCCUGCCAACACAUUCCUGGGGAGAUGGGAUGAAGCAGACUGCAACUGCAAUCUGGCAGAGUCCACUAUGAGUACUGACAAACAGGAGCCUGUGACAGCAGCAACUGAAAAGAGAAGGGAGAGCCUAUGGAGGACCCUGUACACCUAGAAAACUGGAUCCGAAAGGGUGGGAAAAAAUAAAGGAACAGUGACUCUGAGCCGCAGCCCUACAUUCUAAUAAACUACUGCCCACCUUCACAGUCAACAGCUUGUGAUGGAAGCACUUCCCUAUGAAGUCAACAAGUUCAACACUUGGCACCAGAUGUGUGCCAGGCAACAUACAAGGUUGGAUGAGACACAGUCUCUUCCCUCAAAGAUCUUAAAGCCUGAGAGGGAAGCCAGGAAAGUAAAUCACCUGUGAUUGGCAGAUGAUGUGAACUUGUAAGAGGUGAACACAAAUGAGAACCUGCCAUCAGAAAGGGAGGGUUGCAGAAGAACUAAGUUUUAAAGGGUAGGAAUUAGAUGAAGGCAGGAAAUACUUAAGUGAGAGACAAGAGUGUAUUUAAAAAAAAAAGUGUAUUUGGAGCAUCAAUGCAAGAAAGGGUUUGAGCAGUUUGGGGAACUGCACGUUGUAGUGUUUGCAGCAACAACACAAGGCUAGAAAGGGAGACAGAUGUAUCCAGGGCUCUAUGAUUACCGUUUCUUAAAUGAAGUCAUUUGGGAAAUACCAACUUACCUACCAUCCAGCCCUUUUGGUUGCUGAGUCACUGAAUUCCAGAAGCCUUUGGGACAAUAACUUAUUUCAGCACUGGAAUAAGAAACAGAUUCUAUUCUCUCCUCCCACAAUGCCUGCUCUGAGGUCACUGCUCAGAGAGAGAACCAGGCUGAAGAGACCCCUGGUCUUAUUCACAAGGGCAAUACUUGAGUUUAUAAGUGAUUUUUGGCAUGGUGCUCUGCUUGGAAGGCUCUCAUGAGGGUGUAUCAAGGAAGUGCUUUUAUCACAAUUACACUGUAUCGUAAGUAUACACAGGUCUGGCUCCCUUCUCUAUAUCCUUACUUCCUGCAGCUAAAUGAGGAAAUGAACUUAGCAAAUUAUCAUUUACUCACUGAAUAGCUGCAAAUGCAGUUCUGUAGAAAAUGGAGUGUAUUUUUAACAAAUGGUGCUGGAGCAAUUGGAUACUAAUAUGCAAAUAAAGGAACACUGAAUACACACCUCUCACCACAUAUAAAAUUAAUUCAAAAUGAUAAUGACUGAAAUGUAAAACUCUAAAACUAAAAUCUCCAGAAGAAAACAUUUUUAUGACCUCAAGUUAGGGAAAAAUUUCUUAGAUAUGAUGCUACAUGCAUGAUGCAUAAGAGAAAAAAAAUAAUCGGCAUUCACCGUAUUUGAAAACUUCUGUUCAGUAGACACUAAAAAAAAAAAAAAAAAAAAAAAAGCCUAGGGAAAAAAACCACUGAUUUGAUAAACUGUCUGCAAUAUGUAACUUACAACUAAAAACUAAGAAAUCCAACAACCCAAUUUAUAUAAUAGGCAAGAUAUUUGAAGACACUUCAAAGACAACAUAUGGAUGGCAAAUAUAUACAUGAAAAGAUGUUCAAGAUCAUUAGUUACUAGGGCUAUGUAGGUCAAACCAGAAUGAGAUACCACUACAUGCACAUUACAGUGUCUAAAAGUGACAAUGAUAAUACCAAGAGUUGGCUGGGAAGUGGAGCAAGUGGGAACUGUGUGUGUGUAAUGGAGGAGGAAUGUAAAAUGGUACAACCACUAUGGAAAACACAUGGUGGUUUCUAAUAAAGUUAAACAUACACUUAUAUGAUGCAGCUGUUCCACUCCUAGGUAUUUAUCCAAGGAAAACUAAAGUACAUGUUCACGCAAAAAACUGCACAUAAAUUUUUAUAACAGCUUUACUUGAAAGGGCUCCAAACCAGAAACAAUCCAAAUGUGCAUCAACAGACUAGUGGAUAAACAAAUGGUGGUAUGACCAUAAAAUGGAGUAUUAUUCAGCAAUACAAAGGGAUGAACUACUGAUACAUGCUACACAUGAAUGAAUCUCAAAAAUAAUAUGCUGAGUGAAGAAAGCCAAAGAUACAGGCUGUAUACUUGCAUUUACACAAAUUUCUAGAAAAUGCAAACUAAUCAAUAGUGACAGCAAAUCAGUGGUCACCUGGAGAUGAAGUGAGGUGGGGGAGAGAGGUGAGUGGGAAGGACUCCCAAGGAGCCUCAGGAAACUCUGGGGGAUGAUAUGUAUGUUUAUUAUCUUGAUUGUGGUAAGGGUGUCACGAGUGUGUGUGUAUACAUAUAGGUGUGUGUGUAUAUAUUAUAUAUGUGUGUGUAUAUACAUAUACACACACAUACAUGUUAAAACUUAGCAAACUGUAUACUUUAUAGUUGACAAUAAGGUUGUUAAAAAUAUACUGGGAGCACAUUCAACACAAAGAAUGUCGUGUGCCAGAUAUUGGGGAUACAAUGUAUAGCAAAAAAGAAAAGGCAAGGUCUCCGUCUACAUAAAGCUUAAGACAUUAAAGAAUCCUUCCUCAACUUCUACAUAAAGCUUAAGACAUUAAAGAAUCCUUCCUCAACUUCUACAUAAAGCUUAAGACAUUAAAGAAUCCUUCCUCAACUUCCACUCCUGGCCACGCACACUCCCUCUACAGUGACUGUAAUGUCACAGGAGGAAACUUAGCAUCGAAAAGGAUUUACUCAAUCCUCAAGUAGGCAAGGGCUGCUAGAGUUAAGUGAUCCAAGAGCUUGAAGAUAGACUUUGUUGCUAUUUGGAAUAGAACAGAAUUCUCUGGUCACUAUUCAUAGACUGUUAACCAUUUCUGUGCUCUUAGAAAAGCUUAUUAGCUCUCCUCUGAAGAGUCAGCACUGGGUUCAAAACAAACCCACAAAGCUACAGUCAAUUAAUCUUCAAAAAUGGAGGCAAGAAUAUACAACAGAGAAAAAGUCUCUUCAGCAAGUAGUGUUGGGAAAGCUGGACAGCCUCAUGUAAAUCAAUCAAAUUAGAACACUCCCUCACACCACAUACAGAAAUAAAUUCAACAUGGUUUAAAGACCUAAAUAUAAGACAUGACACCAUAAACUCCUAGAAGAGAACAUAGGCAAAACAUUCCCUGACAUAAAUAACAGCAGUAUUUCCUUAGAUCAGUCUUCCAAGGCAACAGAAAUAAAAGCAAAGAUAAACAAAUGGAAUAUAAUUAAACUUACAAGCUUUUGCACAGCAAAGGAAACCAUACACAAAACAAAAAGACAGCCUACUGACUGGGAUAAAAUAUUUGCAAACAGUGCAACUGAAAAGGGGUUAAUUUCCAAAAAUAUACAAACAUCUCAGAGAACUCAAUUAUCAAAAAAAAAAACCCCAAUAAAAAAUGGGCAGAGGACUGAAACAGGUAUUUCUCCAAAGAAGAUAUACAGAUGGCAAAUAGGCACAUGAAAAGAUGCUCAGCAUCACUAACCAUCAGGGAAAUGCAAAUCAAAACCACCACGAGGUAUCACCCCACACCUGUCAGAAUGGCUAUUAUCCAAAAGACAAAUAACAAGUGUUGGUGAGGAUGUGGAGAAAAAAGAACCCUUGUACAGUGUUAGUGGGGAUGCAAACUGGUGCAGCCACUAUGGAAAACAAUAUGGAGGUUUCUCAGAAAACUAAAAACAGAACCACCAUAUGAUCCAGCAAUUCCGCUUCUGGAUACAUACCUGAAGAAAAUGAAAACACUAAUUUGAAAAUGAUACAUGCAGCUUUAUGUUCACAGCAGCAUUAUUUAUAAUAGCCAAGAUACAGAAGUAACCUAAAUGCCCAUCAACAGAUGAAUGGGUAAAGACGUGCUACGCACGCACGCACGCACGCACGCACACAGAAUAUUCCCCAGCCAUUAAAAACAAUGAAAUACUGCCAUUUGCAACAACAUGGACAGACCUGGAGGGUAUAAUGCUAAAUGAAAUAAGAGAAAGACAAAUACUGGUUCUCAUUUCUAUGUGGAAUCUAAAAAUUAAACGAAUACAAUAAAACAGAAGCAGAUUCACAGACAGAAAACAAACUAGCUGUUGCCUGUGGGGAGAAGAAAGGGAGGAAGGGGCAAGCCAGGGGUAGGGGAUUAAGAGAUACAAACUACUAUGUAUAAAAUAAAUAAGCCGCAAGGAUAUAUUAUACAGCACAGGGAAUACAGCCAACAUUUUAUAAUAACUUAAUGGAGUAUAAUCUAUGAAAAUAAGUGAAUCACUAUGUUGUACACCUGAAACUAAUGCUGUAAAUCAACUAUGAUUCAAUAAACAACAAAAAACAAGCUAUCUGAAAUACUAAUUGUGUAGCAUUAAUUCUAUUACUGUACCUAUGUCUUAAAUACCUGGGGGGAAUGUGGGGGUAGAAAGAGUGAGGGAAUGAAAAGAAGAAAUAAAGUGAAAUAGAAGGAAGAUAUCUAGAAUGGUCAAAGUGACACCGUGGGAAAACUCCACAUCUAAAAUUCAUUACAAUGAAGGCUCUUUAGAUUUUGCCUCCUUACCUAAAGAGGGAAAAACUACAAAAAGUGUAUAUAGCCAGGACAUGUUAGAAAAGAAUGUUAAGCAAAGAACACAGGAAAGCAACUAUGGAUUCUGGUAGAUAGUUUUAAAAACUGUCUUAGAAAUACAAAUAAAUUUGUCGGUGAGAACCCUGAAAAGUACGCAAAAACUUUACUACUGAGUUAUGUGAGUUUAAGGAGAAUCUUAGCCCUUCUUUUCCGGGGCCUUUCUUUUCUCCAGUGGAUAUACACAUGAGUGCUUACAUUUAUAUAGCACUUGUCAUCAAAGCAUUUCCAUGACCACUGCUUCAUUUGACAGAGUAACUCAUGCCUUGUCCCCUUCUAGGAAUAUACUGAGUAUCAACUGUGAGGCAACAGGUGAAGGAGCAAUGGAAAUGGAAGAGAACCCUAAAUGUAUAUGGACAUAGUGUCACUGAAAGUGCGGUUUAACACAAAUCCUGAACGCUAGAACUGUGAACUGGUACAGCACUUUGUAUUUUUCAAAGCCUUUUCAUGAUGUCAUUUGAUUAACAGGAUGGCCUUAAAAAGGCAGCUGUACUCUGGGAGAUACAGUUCACUAAAGGUGAAGAUUUCUAAUUAAUAAUUCUAAUUAAUAUUUCUAAAUAAAAUUUCAAAUUAAUAUCUUAAUAUUUACAACUACAUUAUUUAUUUCAAAUUAAUUAUACAUGGUUUCCUAGAUCUAUAUAUUGGGGAUAACUAACUAUAUGUAGGAAAAGUUACAAUGCAAGAAAUACAUUAAGCAUGUGAGAGAAAAGAACUCUGUUACACUGAAAUAUUAUCCUGUGAUUAGUUUUCAAAA